GCAGCGCAGCGCAGCUCCGCCUAUUUUUUCCUUUUUUCCAUCCCUCCCCUCGAUUUAUUGCGCGAGUAAUAAUAAUAAAAAUUCCACCCCAAAAUUUGCUCCUCCGAUUCGAUUCUGCCACUUCUCUCCUCGCGUGCGGUGCAGCGAUCGGAGCUUCGAUCCGCGCCGAGAUGGUUGCCGUGGCGGCGGAGGCCCCGAUCCGCGCCGACGCCGUGGCGCCGGAUGCCGACGCCCCCCGGGAGGUGGAGGAGGAGGUGGUGGGGGAGGAGGAGGCUGCGGCGGCGGCGGCCGGGAAGGACAGCGGGGAGGAGGUGAGGGAGUACAAGAGCGACGCGAGGAAGCUGGAGGAGCUGUUCAAGAAGCUGAACCCCUCGGCCGAGGAGUUCGUGCCGCUGUCGCGCCGCCGCGGCGGGGAGACCCCGCGCCGGCUGUCGGCCGACGCGCCCGUGUUCGUGUCCCCCGCCGCGAUCGACUUCUACCCGCACCACCCGGUGCCGACGUUGCAGCCGCCGCCGCCGCCGCCGCCGCCGAUGCAGGUGGUGCCGGUGGUGGUGGCAGGUGGCGGGGGCGCGGGGUUGGACUCCAGCAGCGACGGAUCCACCAACGGCCAGCCGAAUCGACGGAGAAGGAAUAGUUUCAACCAAGGGAGGAGGAGGAUGGGAGGCCGGCCACGACGAACUGAUAGGGAGGAUAGUGUGCGGCGAACUGUCUAUGUGUCGGACAUCGAUCAGCAUGUGACUGAACAGAAGCUUGCUGAAGUUUUCUCAAAUUGUGGACAAGUGGUAGAUUGCCGUAUCUGUGGUGACCCAAAUUCAGUGCUGCGUUUUGCCUUUAUCGAGUUUGCUGAUGAUGUUGGUGCAAGAGCAGCUUUAACACUUGGUGGAACUGUGCUUGGUUAUUACCCUGUGAGAGUUCUGCCAUCUAAGACCGCAAUUUUGCCAGUGAACCCGAAAUUUUUGCCUCGAACAGAGGACGAGAAAGAAAUGGUGUCCAGGACGGUCUAUUGUACUAACAUCGAUAAGAAUGUUCCUGAAGAUGCUGUAAAGAGCUUCUUCGAGGGGAUGUGUGGUGAAGUUGCUCGAUUGAGGCUACUGGGUGAUUAUGUGCACUCCACAUGCAUCGCCUUUGUUGAGUUUGUUCAAGCAGACUCUGCUAUUCUUGCCCUGAGCUGCAGUGGCAUGGUCCUUGGUGCGCUUCCUGUCAGGGUGAGCCCAUCGAAGACACCGGUCCGGCCCCGUUCUCCCCGUGUGACGUCGCACUGAAACCCGGCUCUCGUCUGAAGCCAUCGUCCAGGGCAGCAAUUUACGGGCAGCAAAGCCUCUCUAGUCCGUGUGGCCUUAGAGACCGUCUGUCGUGUCGCGGAUCAGUAAUUGUCGUCGAAGAGAGUUUAUCCUUUCGGUUAUCUAGUCUAGCAGAAGGCCUUCCUACCGCACUGAUGUGUUCUUGGAUCAGGCAGAGACCCAUCUGUAUGUUCUCCGGGAGCUCUAUUUUGACCCCCCUCAUCUCUCACCUUUUCUGCCCUCUACUUAUCACCCCCACUUUUGUUAAUUUGUUAUGGAUGGAUGCUGUAGCGGCCUUUGACAGGCAAUUGGAACAAAUAAUGUCUAUGGCUUGUCCUCUUUUCACCUGCUA